AGUCUUCCUAUUGUUUGCUAAAGAAUAGAAAGAUUCGUGUCUUUGAUUCUAUACGAUGAAUCUUUUUUGCUUAAUAUUCAUUCCACACCUCGCGUGUUUUGUUCGAAUUUAAGUAUAGAACGAUGAGAAUAAAAAAUUCCGCGUUUAGAAUGCGCACAUUCGAAAGACGCGUGCCGUCUUUACAUUCGAUUCAUUAGUAGGAAGGUGGUGGGGGUAACGUCGGCUAUCGCCGAUAGACGGCGUGCGGCGGAGCAGUUCAUUUCUGUAAUGGCCGCCGUCUGGCGUUGUCGGUGAAUCGGUCUCUUUCAGAAUCUCGCGAAGAAAAAUUUGCACAACAUUAUCGUUCACGAAAAUCCAGUGUACAGCAAUCCACGUAACAGAAGAAGUGCGGUGUUCGCUCGUGCAUAGUGCGUAUGGUGGUGUAUAAUUGUGACUCCAGGGUGGACGGUCUAUCGAAAAAAUUCAAAUCGGAUGUGCGUGGUGUCCCACUGUUUACUCGACCCACCGAUCGUUCAGAGUGGUAGAUUAAAAAAAUCGUGCUGGUAAGAGGAAGAAUCGCAGAUCGAGAUCGCACGAUAUGCAAUCGAACAUCAUCGAUCAACGUCGAGUCGUGUCGGAGUCGCACGAUUCCCUCGAACCGACGUUCGCCUUCGGACAGUAAACAAAAGUGACAGCGUGCGGAUGCCGUUCGGUCAUGCCUCCCGUCUCGUCCGUGUUUGCCGACAGUAUUUGACGUCUUGUUCUUCUGCGAGCUCGAAUUCCCUCACGUGGUUCAAGGUCUUCUAAAAUCAACUUAACGUCACGUUGCCAACAGACCCAGUGAGUUUCACGCCACUUUCGCGAUCGAAUGUAUUAUCUCGAGUGUGUUGUCACUGACAGCAACACCGAGCGCGCUUUUCCCGGUUUUCGUUUAUGUGUUCUCGUGUAUUCUCCAAGGACUUGUCCCAGAAUUUUUGACACGAAGAACGUAUAAUAUCUUCGUAGAGCAUAAAAAGGAAAUCACUGGAUACAUCAAUCUCAAUUUUACAGAGAAAUCUCCUUCCGUAUUUCGAGAACGCUCGAAGAGUUAGAAGAGAGAUGCGCCAACUUCCGUCGCUGCGGAUGUUCCACGUGCUGCUCGAGUUCAUCGACGCGUUGUCGCACUGCGCCCCGUGCUAGGGCCAUGUCCUAGCGGCACACUUUCGACCCACCAAACCCACCCACUGCCAGAAACAGAGAGACUCCCACGAAUAAAAUAGCUCAAAAAUUCUUAUUAAAUGUGAUCCCUCGUCGUCCAAGAGCCAUCCACGCCCGAUCGAACCAGAUCCCUGAGAUGCCGGGCGAGGACGGAGCCGGUGGUGGUCGCCUCGAGUGUCUUCCUCGUCGAGUGUCGGCGUCAUCCCUUUUUUGAGCCGCGCGGAGGCCGGCCAAACAAAAAGACUGAUAUACCGAUCCGUGUGAUGCGGCGCGCGACCUGCUCAACGUCCCCGCAAUAAAAUGUUCGGCAAGGUGCCACCCUCGAACACGCCGGGCCCACCCACGGCGAACGAUGGAGCGUCGAAAUCGUGCGCCAGGCCGACCACGGCCGCCACCACCUGCCUUCCUUGUUUCUCGGUCGACGAGCCCCCCCCCAUCCUCCCCGACGAGAAGUCGAAGCCUUCUUGGAGGGCCAAGGAGAACGUGCCCGUGGUCGUCUCCGAGGCGCCCUCCACGGGACUCGAGGAGAAGCUGUGGAGAUCGAAGGAGGAGCCACCACCCUGCAUCGCGGAGGAGCUGAGGCCCAAGAGGGCGAAGGAGGGAGGGUCCUCGAGCGAGGAGAAGUCGAAGAACGAGCAACAAGCAUCGGACGAGAAAUCGAAGGGUUGGGGCGUCGAUCAUUGCUCGCAACCGACCUCGUCCAAUUUCUCUCCUCAGUUCGAGGCGAGCAGAGGCUCCAAGAAUUGUUCCAAGUACUCGGCGAAGGAGGCAGGGCACGGGAGAAGCCAGGCGGCGGGUUCGAAGGGUGUUCACAAGUGCUCGUCGAACUCGACGAGUUGCGCCAACUUGGCUAGGUCCGCCAAGUCGCAAAGGGUGCUUUGUUCCACCAGCCUGAGCAAUCUGAACGUGGACAACGGGGGGGCGAGGGAUUGCUCGAAGCCGGGGAAGAAGCACGGGUGCCCGAGCCGGGAGUUUCUCAAGGAGCAGCAUGGAAUGCCUGGAAAGUCCGUUUCCCAGAGGUCGCAGGGAGUCGCGAGCAAGUCUGGCGGCAGAUCCUCCGAUCCCAACGACUGCCAGCCUGCCAACCCGUCCAUGGAUUACAACACCGCCAUCUCCGUGAUCCAGUCGACCGACGAGCCAUGCCAGAAGUCCAAGUACCACGUGGAGAACAUGGACAUCGUGGACAUGGUCGCCACGGCCACCUCCGCCAACAAUUGCGAGCAAAGGAACUGCAGGGGGGAUUUCGCCACCUCGACACCUGCCAAGGAUUGGAUGAAGUCUAACGGAGACGCGUUGCAGCAGAGCUGCGUCUCCUGUCUGCCGCAGGAUCUUCCCACGGAGCUGCAACUCUCCUCGCCGAGGAAUUACAGGGAGAAGUGCCGCGACCCGUGGCGGCCCACCGAGAUGGAGAGCAAUAUCUGCAGCCUGAACGUGUGCCCCGGCGACCAGUAUCAGGAUACAGGGACGAAGAGGAGGACGGGCGCUUCCUGUCAGGCAUUGAGGCAUGCGGUCGCCUCGUUGAACCGAUUGGACGAUUUUUAUAUGGAGAAGAUCGGCGCUGGCUUCUUCUCGGAGGUCUUCAAGGUUACUCACAAAGUGACGAGUCAGGUGAUGGUCCUGAAGAUGAACCAGCUGCCCGCGAACAGACCGAACAUGUUGAAAGAGGUCCAGCUGAUGAACAAGCUCAGCCAUCCAAACAUACUCAGGUUUAUGGGGGUUUGCGUCCACGAGGGACAACUGCAUGCCCUGACAGAAUAUAUAAACGGUGGUAGCUUGGAGCAAUUGAUCAUGUCUAGGCACACGUCUUUACCCCAUCUAAUCAGAAUGAAUCUAGCAAAAGACGUAGCGCGUGGCAUGACAUAUCUUCACAGCCGUGGACUCUUCCAUCGAGAUCUCACGUCUAAGAACGUUUUGAUCAAGAAGGACGAGAACACUUUUGAAAUGACCGCCGUGGUUGGAGAUUUUGGAUUGGCUGCAAAAAUUCCGGAUCCAAGCUCUGGAUACAGAUUGAGCACAGUAGGCAGUCCGUAUUGGAUGUCGCCCGAGUGUUUGAAGGGUCAAUGGUACGAUCAUAGAUCAGACGUUUUCUCGUUCGGUAUAGUAGUUUGUGAGCUUAUCGGCCGUGUGCCUGCCGAUCCGGAUGUUCUACCACGGUCGGAUAAUUUUGGCCUCGAUUACCUAGCCGUGGCAGAGAUCUGUGCAGCAGCUGAUCCGCCGCCAGCCUUCCUGCAGCUCGCCUUCAAUUGUUGCACUUAUGAACCGAAAUCAAGACCGACUUUCCCAGAAAUUACCUCCAGCCUAGAGACCAUGAUCACCAAUUAUGAGGAAUCUAAAAACAACAUAGGCAAGCGUCAAUCCGUGGAUCCUAGUCUCAUGUCGAGCAUGGACGAGAUUACGAGAGAAGGACGUUCCACUAAACGUAAAACUGCUCGUCUUCGGAGCCAAUCAGCUGAUGCAAGAGGUUGCGACAAUGCGACACCUUCCGACAAAGCGAGAUGUCAUUCUGCAAGGAGGGUAGCUGAGUUGGCAAGCAGAAGGGAUCCACAUUACAGACCUAUGACGGCGAAUCCGUUCCAUGCGUUGGGAGGUGUGAAGAAAAUCCUCGGUGACUUGUUCUCUAGUUGUCUGGAACUUCCAUCUCUGGAAGAUGUCAGGCCAAGCGUCACCGAUGCUAUCGCCAAAUUCAAGCCUGCGCAGAACGACAGUAUCGCGAAGAUCUUGGACAGAAAGAAACCUAAUUCGGAACCUAGCAGUCCUACUGCAAGGAAAAAAUGGGAAAGAAAGGUGGCCACGAAGGUAGGCGCAGCCAGCUUGUUCAUGCAUCCGCUUUUCCGAGACGGAUGGGAGCCAAGAAGGCGCGGCAGCUGCGAAUCAGGUUUCUGGAGUUGCGUAGGUGAAGAUCUCAGUCCAGAGCCACCAAAUCGUCGUCACACCUCCACCCUAAGCAGUUCUGCUGCGAGCAGUCUUUUCUUAUUAGACGAUCAUCGAACCAGUUCCAUUUACACCGACUCCUCCGAGGACAUAGCCAGCCUAGGUGGUGGUGAUUCCUGUUGGGAGGACAGAUUAAGCGGUAUAGGGUCUUCCAGUAAAACAAUCUCCAAGAUAGUCGAAUAUUUUGAGAAAAAACAAGCUGGUAGCUUGCGUUUAACCGAUUACGAUCCCGGCUCCAGCCGAUUAACCUUGCUUAAGGCCAGCCUGGAGGGUCCUGUACCACUGUGCAACAUCUCGGCUGCCCAGAGAUUGGUCGUUUGCGAGGGUGCUGUGCGCAGCAAACUAUCCUUGUUUGACAAAAAGUGAUACGCGUCACUUGCACGCCGUAGAAUUCGUUCCUUAGGGUUUCUUGGUUCUCUCUGCCGAUAUCUGUGGGCCGUGUGAGAAACACACAGGUGUCUUAAUAAAGAAAAGAAGCGCUUCGACGAUUGUGAAAUUGUUGAAGAGUGGCGGCUCUUAUAUCGAUGCGACGAAAAUAUUGCGGAGAAAAGUAACGAUCAGAGGAGGGAGAAAGUAAGGUCGAACCAACGAUCUGGUCGCAUGCGAAAGAAAAAUUAGGGGGAUCGAGCGAAAUCGAUUAUAUUUUCAUUGGACUUUGAAAAUGGUUUAAAGGGGUUUGAACAGGGUCAGUAUUAACUAACUUUAAAUUCGAGUUAUCCAAUGGUUUUUCAAAUCCAAUGGGAAUACAGUCCAUUUGUUGAAGUUCAGCGGACGCUUCUCUAAAAAAAAAAAAAAAAAAAAAAAAAAAA